AUGGGAGGAAGAAAAAGCAAGCUGGCCACCCUGAGAGGAAUCGCCAAACAAAUUUUUAGGAGGAAGAGUACCAAGUUAAAAGAUGGUAAACCGGAGAUAGAGUGCAAACCUAGCCCAGGGUCCAAAUCCAUGGGGCUCACAACUCAGACCCUUACUCCUUUCAAGGCAGCUGUGAAGGCGCCUAUCUGA